AGUGCAAAACAAGACAUUUUCCUCUCUGUCUGUCUGUCUAAGCGUUUUGAAUUUUUUCGGACUGUUUUCGUUUCUCUUUUGAGUAUUUUACAUGUAGUUUGUAUUAUUAUUUCCUCUUUGUAAAUAAACUGAGAGUAUGGAUAGCCCAGCUGAGGUUAUUCUUACAUCCGAUGCUACAAAUAAGUUGACUAAUUGUAGCAUUUAUGAUGCAAAAACUGGAACACUUAUGUCUACUUAUAAAGGGGAUAACAGUGCUCCUAAAACUCUUUCUCUCAUUUCCAGUCAUUAUUUGAUAAGUGCCUCAGUUGAAAAGCCUUUACUGAAUGUAUGGACCGUUUCAAAAAAGAUCCCCAAAUCAUCUGCUCAUUUUAUAUGUCCUGGAUCUGUUACAGCACUUAGUGUCUCCAGAUCUGGAAGAUAUUGCAUUGGUGCCAUUGAAAAUAAGAUUUAUGUGUGGCAGGUUGAGACAGGUGAUCUUUUGGCCAUACUUUCUCGUCAUUAUCAAAACAUUACUUGUUUUGGAUUUACUACUGAUGAAGCUUUUUUUCUUUCUGGUGGAGAAGAUGGAAUGGUGUUGGUGUGGUAUUUAUCUGAUGUUGUAUCUUAUCAAAAGGAACAAGAUUCUAAACCUCAUUAUUCAUGGCAUCAUCAUUCAGCAGGAGUUACUGAUAUUUAUGUAGGACUUCUAGGAGCGCAUGCUCGUGUUGCUACAGUAUCCCAUGAUAUGACUUGUAAACUUUAUGAAUUAGCAACUGGAAAUAUCCUGUGUUCAGUAUGUAUGGAUCUACCCUUGACAUCUGUUGCCAUGGACCAUUUUGAAAAUUUCCUAUUGUUAGGCGCACAGAAUGGAAAAAUAUAUAAAGUCAACAUAUUUUCUCAGUUGCCUAAAGAACUUCAUUACAGCCAAGUAUCAAGAAAAAAUGCAUUUGUAGGGCAUCAGAAAUCAGUUGUGUGUUUAUCUGUGUCCUUUAGUGGUAAGCAAAUUUUAUCAGGGUCUGAUGAUAAAACAUGCAAAGUGUGGGACAUAGAAACAUUGACUUGCCUCAGGACCUUACACCAUGAAGGUCCAGUAACUAAUGCAUUUUUUGCAUUAAAACCACACUGUCUCACCGCAGAAAAUGUAUCACCAGAUUUUCCUAUUAAAGAAUUCAGUCGUGUUUUGUUCAGCGAAGAUGAUCUAGAUGAGAUGCAAACCAUGUAUAUGUCCUCAAAACAAUUACCAGUGCAUCUUUCACUUAUGCAUGCAGGGAGUCCUGAUAUUUAUUUCAGUCCAAUAGUUCAACCUGACACAGAAAGACAUGUAGAUGAGAAAAUAAAUGGAAUUAAAGAUGCAUAUAAAGAAAUGAAAGUAAUAAAUGCCCAAAUGUAUUCACAUAUGCUUAAUAGCGUAUACAAAGAUUUAGAAGUGUGUACUUCCGAUUCUGAUUAAAUUUUAAUGAUUUGUAUAAAAUUUAUAAAUGUUUUAUUUUUAUAACUUUAUAAUUUUCACAUUUUAAUGAAAGAUGUGAAUAUUUCAUCAUGUUCAUCAUUUUAUUGAUUUUGAUAUGAAUAAUGAUUUUAAUUCAAAGAAAGUGUGUAUAUAAUGCUGUUCCAGAAUACAGUAUUAGGCUUUUGAAAAAUUUGUUCUUGUUUACGUAUUUUUUGGGCAUUUAUACUAUUCUUAUCACAGUGUUAAUCUGGUCAUUUUUAAACAGAAUCGGGGGGGGGGGGAUUAAAAAAAAAGGUAAUAAAAUUGCAUUAUAGUCAGAAAACUUCAUAUAUCUGUGUACAGUUUACUAUCAUUUGCUACAAUUAUGCAUUUUAUCCCGUUUAAAAAAGUUCAGAAUUUUGUAAUUCAAUAUAUACUUUCUUGUAUUUCAUAUAUUUUGUGGGCAUGUAGUGAUGGUAUUUUUAAAUUUGUUUUUGUGUGAUGAGAAUAUUAUUAUUUGAAUACAAUAGCACAAAGACCUUACCCUGACUUUUCCAAAGUAUGAAUAUUUUAAAAUUGAAAGUUGCAGUGCACAGUAUUUAUUACUUGUUUUUACAUAUUAAAUGCUCCAUAUGUAUACUGCAGUUUUACUUUGUGAUAUUUGAAGGAAAAAAAAAAAAAAAAAAAAAAAAUUCUGUGUUAUGUAAAAAUAAUUCUUUUCAUCUUUUUGAAAGAUUGGUAAUAAAAAAAAUUGUAUUGACUUAA